UAUUGGAUACGUAUCGUUACUUGGACUGGAACAAAACAGCUAUUUGGGGAUGGUCAUAUGAAGGUUUUGCUUCAACGUUAGCUGCUACAUAUGGUAAAUUUAACUGUACAAUGGCUGUAGCCCCUGUCACUGAUUGGAGAUUUUAUGAUUCUGUUUAUACUGAAAAAUAUAUGGGAUUACCAAAAGCAACAGAUAAUUUACAAGCUUACAAGGAUUCCAACAUAUCUGCACAUGCAUCAGGUCUUCAUAAUACAAAAUUUCUCCUGGUACAAUACUAUGAAAGGUUCUUUGCAUAUAUAUACAGUAAACAAAUAAUUAAUGUUUAUGAGUGCAAUUAGUGGACAGAAUACUUCAUGAGGUGAAAGAUGAAAUGAUCCAUUCAACGAGACGUAACCGAGUUGAAUGGAUUGUCGGUUAUUUCAUCUUUCACCGAACAGAGAGAAAAGGUUUUAGAUGUGAAUAGUGUUAAAAAGAUGGCUUCCAUGGGCUUUUAAAUGUUUUUUAAAGUAGUAUAGGCCUAGGGCUAGGCUAUAGAUUUCUAGAUAUUCUUAUAUUCUUAUAUGAGAAACUAAAUUGU